UCAUAUAAAUGUCAUAACAUGACACAAUUCCCGAAAACAAAAAAUAGUACAAAAUAUCUCAAAUUCCUUUAAUUUAAAAUUGUUCAGAUAUUUAUUAAUUACAUAAAAGUUGAAUAUUUGUAAUUGGUACAUAAUAAAAUUAUUAUCUCAAGAGAUGUCAAAUACAAGCAUUGAUUUUACGAAAUGCCGAAUAUGUUUGGAAAUUAGAAAUCCUAUGGAAUCGUUUUUUAAUAUUUAUUAUGAAGAAUUAAGUUUAGCUCAGAUAUUUAAUAACAUAAGUAAAUAUGACGUGCAAGAACAUAACUAUCUACCCAAGUAUAUAUGCAUAACUUGCAAAACAAGCAUAAUCGGUUUUUACAACCUAAUAUCCACAUUCGAACAAACAGAAAAAUACAUAAAUAACCUUUACCACAGCGGGAAGAUUUUAGAAGAAAACACAUCAAUUCGAGAUAUCAAACAAGAACAAACCAUUUUACGCGUUGACCAAUGGAUAGGCGAUAAUCAGAAUGACGACAGUGCCAGUUGCUAUGAUGACGAUGACCCUGAUCCUGAUGGGUUUAAAGAGAAUUUUAAUAUAGUAAAAGAUGAGCUAAAUGUACAAUUCUCUGAAAUUAAACCCAAAGAAAGUUUUGAAAGCUUUACGAAAAACAACGAAUACAAAAAUGUCAAAACAGAAAAAUUUAGUUGUGAAUGCGGCGACACUUAUUUACACAAGGUUGGUUUUAGACAUCACAUGCAACAAAAACAUAACAUGCAAUUGGAAGAGGACGAUUUUGAAAAAUACGCUGAACCAAUUACGUUAACCAUUCCGACUGGUUAUUCGGAUGAUGUAGAAUAUGUUUUUCCAAAGCAGUUACUAAAAAGAGAUAGGCUGGAGUGUCGAAUAUGCCAAAUGAAGUUUGAAAAGAAAGCAGAGGUGAAGGCUCAUGAAGCUGUCCAUAAAACUCAUAUAUGCGAUCAAUGCGGUGCAGCCUUUCUUAAAAAGACUUAUCUGCAAGACCAUCAAAUCACCCAUUCAGAAGUAAGACGCUAUAGGUGCAAACAGUGCGGAAAAGCUUUUAAGCAUCGCCAUACAUUGAGUGUACAUAAAAAGACUCACGAAGAAUCCAAGAGUUACGUUUGCGAAGUUUGCGGCAUUGGUUUUAAGGCUAGAGCUACACUGUAUACCCACACCUUACUGAAACACAGUGAUGAAAAGAAGUUUCCUUGUUCUAGUUGUCAUUUACGUUUUAAUUUAAAAUCGUCCAGAGAUAAACAUUAUAUUCGGAAACAUACGCUAAAUCGGGAAAAGAGUUUUGUGUGUAGCAAGUGCGGAGCAGCGUACCUGAACAAAACUAGUUUAACCAAGCAUAAUGCCGAUAAACAUUUAGGCCAGGCCAAAUUCUAUCCAUGCAAUAUUUGCGAAAAUAAAACUUACGUUAUGAAGAAAGGUUUAAAAAUUCAUAUGAUGAAAAAGCACAAUCAUGAAAUAGUUUAAAUAGUUUUUCUACGUCAAUUGUGAAUGAUAAGAUUCUUGCUAUUUUAAAGAAUAUAUUUAUUAUUGUUUUUUCAUGUCUCUUCUUAAAAAUUCAUAUGUUGAAAAAGCAUUGUCAAGAAAUAGUUAUGGUUUACUAAUUUAUUUGAGAAUAAGCCACAAUUUAAGUUUGAAAUUAAAUUUAUUUGACGUUUUGAAUUUGUAUUGUAUUAAAAUUUGUAUUUGGAAAUUUUUGAUAAUGAUUUCCGAAGUAUAAGUCAAUUAAAUCUAAAAAAGCCACAAUUUAAGUUUGAAAUUAAAUUUAUUUGACGUUUUGAAUUUGUAUUGUAUUAAAAUUUGUAUUUGGAAAUUUUUGAUAAUGAUUUCCGAAGUGUAAGUCAAUUAAAUCUAAUUUCAAACUUAAAUUGUGGCUUAUUCCCAAAUAAAAUAGUAAAUUGCAUAAGAUGCCACAUGGAAAUAGCUUUAGGACUAUUAUUAAAUUAGAGAAAUUUUGUUUUUUUCUGUAAAAAAUUCUUCUAAUAAUUUAAUUUUAUCUGACUUAUCGAAAAUUCAGCCAUAUAUUAUAAAUAAUUAAAUAGUUUUUCUAUGCCAAUUUCCCAUGAAAAGAUUCAUACUAUUUUGAAAAAUAUAUUUAUUAAUGUUU